AUGCCGUCGCCGGACGCGGCGGCGAGGCACACGGGCGCCGGCGUGGCGCGUCGGCAGGCCCACCACGAGCGGAUGCGCGACGAGCGCGCUCGGGGAGCGGCCGCGGGCGACGCAGAGCUUCCGCCGGAGGACGACGCGGUCGAGAUGGCGAGCGCCGCCCACGUGCUGGACAGCGUGGCGGAGGUGGGCCCGAACUACACCCUGCUGCGCAGCAAGGAGACGAAGGCGAAGCGGUGGAAGGUAGCGACAGCGCGACCGAGGAUACAGCCUAAAUACCGAGUCGGUGUGCCGGUGCAGGGAGCGCAGGUCGGACCUUAA